AUGUCCAAUCAAGGAGACCUUAUGGAAUCGGGCGAAACCACGGGUCCUACCCAGGGGACGAUACCGGAGACCAUUGGUACCCCAGGGGCCGUUCCGAACCCCCAAUUGUCACGAGCCAUAUCACCUGGGACAAUGCAAGCUCUGCAUGCACUCCCAGCAGACAUGGCGGAAGCCCAGUACGUUCAGUGGCUAUCCGCUACAAACCCGACAGCCCAGGCCCAAACCAUCAAGGCCUUGGCGUGGGGGAUCCAGGAAGGUCAGCGCCGACAGGAGGAACAACAAAGAGCUACCGAAGCGGCAGCCAACGUUCCGAGUAACUCCUCAGGAUCAGCCAUCCGUGGAACAGCUAGCACAGCUGGACUCCUUCCUGGGAGAGCAGAUUGGGAGACUCGGAAGGCACUCCUCAAGGACCUAGUGGGAAUCCCUGAGUACUUUGGGCAAUUCAAGGACGAUGCGGCGCGCAAAUGGAUACUCGCGUGUGAGCGCCACUUCCAGGAUGUGGAAGGGCUUACCGAAGUCGAGAUCUCAGAUACUCAGAAAAUUAUUGCAGCCAAAUCGAAUCUCCGGAAAGCUGCCGAAGACCGAUGGCGGGUCAUGUACGGAAGAAAAUCAAUUCAAGGCAUGCAAUGGGAAGAGUUCAAAACUUGGGUUGAAGAGCAAUUCAGUGAAUACCUCAGUCCGGAAAAGAGGUAUGCCAAAUACCGAAGGAUGACCCAGGGGAACCAAACUCCUUUUCAUAAGUAUGCAGCCGACCUACGCCAAGCGGCAGACGAUUUGGAAUUCAGAAAUAUGUCCGAAGACCUGAUGAUAGCGGAUCUGAUUCAUGGUGCCAAGGCAGAUCUCCAGGUCCGGUGGCAUGCUCUACCAAAGCAUCCUACCGAAUGGAACGCCGUUGUGAAAGCCUUUGUGGGCCUGGAAGAGGGAGCUACUAGAGGACAUGCUGUAUCAAUAACAGGUGACCCUAUGGACCUCUCAUACAUGCAAGGUGCACCGCUAGGAUCCACUCCAGGGAGGAAGAAAGAAUUCAAACAGACAUCAGAGAAGAAGGGUGAGCAGUCAAAGCCCAGGAUUCCAAGAGGCCGUUGUUUCAAUUGCGGCCUGUCUGGACAUUACAAAAGAGACUGCCAAACCUCAAGGAGGAAAACGCAGAACACAAUGACAUCGCCGUCGGGAAAAGUGAGUGGUCGGUAA